UAUAUAUAUAUACGUUUCUGCUUCCUCCAUUAACACACAUUUCUAAAAGUUCGUUGAUUAAUUCUAUCAAAGUAUCAAAUCCUUUCUAUAUAGUGUUUUCCUUGUGAUUCUGUUAUUCUGAGAAUGGAAUCGAAGGCUGGGGUUAGGGUCUCGAGUUCUACCUUCUUCUUGUUCUGCUUCUACUCUAUGAUCUUGUUGUUCGGAUUUAUCAGUUCUCUGUGCUUGAAAAGCGAUGCUGCUGCUGUUUCUGCUGCACCAUUCAGCUGCAAGAAUGGGACGAUUGCAGAGUGCAAUGAAGACGAUGAGAUGAUGAUGAUGGAAUCGGAGAUCAGCCAGAGGUUGAUGGCGGAGAAGACGAAGUACAUAUCUACGGGAGCUCUCAGGAGAAACAGACCAGCCUGUAAAGGCGGAGGCAGAGGCAAAUCUGGAGAAUGUCUUCCUCCUCCUUCAAAUCCUUAUACCAGAGGCUGUUCUAAGGAACAUCGUUGCAGAUCUGACUCUUGAGUCGUCCCAGAAAUUGGCCAUGUGCUGCAAUUUGAUCCAAUUCUGAUCGUUGUUCUUUCAAUUUGAUUGUUUUUUAAUGUCUUGAAAUUUCUGUCAUGUCUUUUUAUUUGAAAUAUAUAGCCGUUAAUCUUAUGUUAGAAUAUUUUUAUUGAAAUAUAUUUUUAUUAAUUUAAAUGCUUGUUGGAUUUUUAAUUUACAGGAAUUA